AUGGAGAACUUACCAUCUCUGCUGUCUUGUCAUUAUUCUCUGCUGAUUUUAUUUCAGUACAAGUACCAGGUGUAUGGAAACUAUUCCCAGUUACCCAAACACCCAGGGUUCAAAGUUCUCGCAUCAGCUUCCCAUUACUGGCCAUUGGAAGAUGUGGAUGGAAUUCACGAAUUUCGGGAUACAAAUGGAGAUAUUGUAGAAGGAAUGGUGAACAAAGGAAUUUACGUCACUGAAAAGAAAGGAGUUACCUUUCUCUUCUUUGGAAGCUAUCAAAAUUCUUGCAUUAGUAAUCCAGAAGUUUGUGGACCUGAAGGAGUAACAUUUUCCUUUUUCUGGAAGACUCAAGACCAACAGGCUAAGUUUCUCCCUGCCUCUGGUGGACAAGUAAUUUCCAGUGGCUUCAAAAUCUGUUCAAAUGAAGCUGAAGGCUCAGUAGAAUUUUACACCCGUGGAAACGCGAUGAUGAAGUGGAAAGCAAGCUUUAGUCCACCAGGUCCUUAUUGGACUCACAUUCUCUUUACUUGGAAAUCAAGGGAAGGACUGAAAGUCUACGUCAAUGGAACUCUAAACACAAGCGAUCCUGAUGGGAAAGUCUUCUAUGAUUAUGGAGACCCCAGUGCAAAUCUACUGACUGGGACAGAGGGGGAUCAGACCAAGCGCUAUGUGAAUGGAGCAUUUGAUGAAUUCAUUAUAUGGGAAAGGGCACUCACCCCCAAUGAAAUUGAGCAGUACUUCACAGCUGCUGUUGGCGUGCAAGUUCUGCUUUCUUCAACGCUUCCAUGGUCUGUGAUGACAACCACUACAAAACCUGAGCUCUCUACAAAUGCCUAUCAUCCCAUCAUAACUAAUCUGACUGAGGAGAGAGGGAACUUCCGCUCCCCCGACACCAUGCUGGCCUACCUGGACAACGUGUCCUUCAGCUUGCCCAACAAAUCCUUGUCAGAAAGUACUGCUCUAAGCUUAACAGAGGCAUUUUUAAAAGCUAUUGAAGACUUUAUGUUGUUGCCCAGCUGGAUUGAUGUACCAGAGACUUCUUAUAUAUUUGGAAGUCUAGUUCAAACUAUUGACAGUGUGAUGGCUCAUAUGACAUGCAAUCUGGAUGAAAACUCCUUAACUUCAAUGGUUGAGGGCACAUCAACUUUUUCAGAUUACACCUUGAUCAAGAUGCAUCCUCAGAUGCUGAAUUUGUCCCACUAUCGAUUUCCUUCUCGAGGACAGAGUUAUAUUUCCAUUCCCAGUGAAGCUUUUCAUGAAAAAGCUUGGAUUACCAUUGUUGGCCUGCUUUACCAUAAUAUGCAUUAUUUCUUUCAUAGUAUCAACCCUACGGAUACCAAGAUUGCUGAAGCUGCUGCCUACAAAGGUUAUAUGAUCUCAGCAGCAAGUUACCUUAUCUCUGUCAAAGUGGAACCUCUACCAAAGCUGUCCCACAGUCUGUCAGGAUCUCCUCUUAUUACCAUCCAGCUCACCCACAAAUUGACUCCCAGACAAUACAGCCAAGCACUAAAUAAGAGUAACAGAGUUCAUCUUUACUGUGCAUUUCUGGACUAUAGCAAUGGAACUGGUGUUUGGUCUAAUGAAGGUUGUGUGCGGGAGAGUGGGGACCUCAACUACUCAGUGUGUCUUUGUAACCACCUCACUAACUUCGCCAUUCUGAUGCAAGUGGUGCCUCUGAAGCUAACAAGAGAACACCAGGUGGCCCUCUCCUCCAUCACUUACAUUGGCUGUGCUCUGUCCAUCUUCUGCUUGACGAUCACGCUGGUCACAUUUGCUAUAUUGUCGUCUGUCAGCACUAUUCGCAACCAGCGCUAUCAUAUCCAUGCCAACCUGUCCUUUGCUGUCUUGGUGGCUCAGAUCCUGCUUCUCACCAGCUUUCAGUUCAGCCCUGGAACGGUGCCUUGCAAGAUCUUGGCCAUUCUCCUUCAUUUUUUCUUCCUGAGUGCUUUUGCAUGGAUGCUGGUGGAAGGAUUUCAUCUUUACAGUAUGGUGAUCAAAGUAUUCGGGUCAGAAGAGAGCAAGCACUUAUAUUAUUAUGGAAUUGGAUGGGGCUGUCCACUGGUGAUCUGUGUGAUUUCUACAUCAGCGUCCAUGGACAGCUAUGGAGAAAGUGGCAACUGCUGGCUUUCACUAGAGAAUGGAGCAAUCUGGGCUUUUGUGGCACCGGCAUUGUUGGUAAUUCUGGUCAACAUUGGUAUUCUCAUUGCUGUUACAAGAGUUAUCUCAAGAAUCAGUGCGGACAACUACAAGGUCCAUGGAGAUGCCAAUGCCUUCAAGCUAACAGCUAAAGCUGUUGCUGUUCUCUUACCAAUCUUGGGAAGCUCGUGGAUCUUUGGGGUUUUGGCUGUCAAUGCCCAUGCAUUAGUAUUUCAGUAUAUAUUUGCUGUUUUCAAUUCACUACAAGGUUUUUUCAUGUUCCUGUUUCACUGUCUUCUGAAUUCAGAGGUUAGAGCUGCCUUUAAGCACAAAACCAAGGUCUGGUCCCUUACCAGUAGUUCAACGCGCAACAUCAAUGUGAAACCCUUCAACUCGGACAUUAUGACUGGGAACAGGCCAGGCACGACCCCCACAAAGCUGAACACCUGGGAUAAAAGCACCAAUUCAGGCAACCGCAUUGAUCUAUCAGCAGUCUGA